AUGGCCUUGUCGCAGACCGUAGACGAUUCACCUCUGAGGCUGGGUCUAAAACACCCCGGGACCGACGGGCUGAACCCGCAGGAAGUGUACAACGAAAGACAUCGAUUGGCUCUGGAGGAGCUGCUGUCCGGAGGACUCGACGACUUUCUGGAUUUCCUCAGGAGAGAGAGAAUUCCCAACUUCCUGUCCGACGAUGAAAUCCAGCGGAUCAGGAGCGCGGCGUUGCCCCUUCCGACAGCGUCCCUCCACGGGGAGGAGCAGCCGCUGGAGCAGUCGCUCGGCAGCUCGCUGGACUGCUCCUCCGUCACGUAUUUCCCGGAGGUGUCUGACGUGGAGCCGCCGCUGCUGGAGAUGGGAUGGCCCGCCUUCACCGCGGGGUCGUACCGGGGCGUCACACGCGCCGUGGCGCACUUCCAACCCAGCUAUGGAGCGACUAUUUACAGCUGCAAAGAGGCUGCGAGGCGCAUGAUUAAAAGUGCCAAAGAGGUGAUCGCCAUAGUUACGGACUCCCUUACAGACCUGGAUAUCUUUAGGGAUCUUCAGGAGGCAUGCUCUCACCGCAGAGUCCCUGUUUACAUCCUGCUGGAUCAGGGGUGUGCUCCGGCUUUCCUAAAGAUGUGCAGAAAUAUUGGCCUUCGUUUGGAUGAUCUUCGGCAAAUGAGAGUGCGAACCAUAACUGGUACGACAUAUUACAUGAGAUCUGGAGCGAGGAUUACCGGGAAGGUUCAUGAGAGGUUCAUGCUGAUAGAUGGAAACAGAGUGGCUACAGGUUCCUACAGGUUCAACUGGACCGAUGGUAAACUGAACAGCAGCAACCUGAUCGAACUUUCUGGUCAGAUAACAGAGAAGUUUGACGAGGAGUUCCGCAUCCUCUACGCCCAGUCUCUGCCUAUUAACACCCGCGGACCUCCAAGUGUGCGUGGCAGCGGCAUCUUUGAGCAUCUUGUCAUCAAACAGUCCAUCAGCUCCUCCCCGUACCUGGCCAGCGAGAGGCCUGCUGAGCCAGCGUGUUUGACAAGCACGCCCAGCCGAAAGCCUCAAAUGUCACCGUUGCAGCCCCAGAGCGAGCCCUUGUCUCCGGAUCGUCGUAAAGCCAGCCUCGUGUCGGACUCCUCCACCGUAGACGGGGACUGGGCGGGGCAGGAGGAGAUCCUGGCUGGCAGCACUCAGCAGCAGGCACAGAAAGAGCCGGUGACCCCCAGCGUCGCCUCCUGUCAUGUCUCAACUCAGACCGCCUGGUCGGUGACGGACAGCAACGUGCAGACUGACCUUCAACAUCUCAGCCUCGUGUCACCAGCAAGCUCAGGGCCAAACCAGGACAAGCCGAUCCCGCCCACCCAGACUGCUCCAGAUGAUGCUUUAAAGGACUGCUUCCACAAGCUGACCAAAGAGCGCCUGUACCACUACUCAGCCAUCCGCUCCAGACUGGAACACAUGGUGAGCGCCCUGUCCGAGAGGCGAGAGCUAGCUGAUGUCACCAACCUGACUCAGGAGCUCUGCGCUCGCGGCAGGCAGAGGAUGCACAAAGACCAUGUGCAAGAACCAAAUCCCAGACUCCCUGCUGAAAGCGUGGCUGUGGGCACAUGGCCAAGAGCCAGAUGUGUACACUAGUCUGUCUUCAGGGGUUCCAGAGCCGGAGGGUAGCAAAGGAAAGCUGUUGCAACAUUUUUCUGUCUUCUAAAUGAAUGUUUUUUCUUUUUUAAUUACACUUUAUUAAUUCCAGCUGGGAAAUUCUUUCUCUGCAUUUAACCCAGUGGUUUGCAAACCUCUUUUACUAUAUAUAUAUAUAUAUAUAUAUAUAUAUAUAUCUCAAACCAGCGACUGUGGAUGUUUGCUGUGAGCAGCAACAUUUCAGAGAUGAUAUCACUGCAGUAUGACGCACGUUAUGUUAAGUGUGUUUAGCUUAUAAUAAUCUACAUCCAAAGAUCAUGUAGUUUGGUUCGGUCGACCUUAUUUCUGUUCCUAAAAUUAUUCCACAGUUUUUUUUCUUCAAAAAACUUGUUGGUGCAUUGCUGCCACCAAGUGAUCAGACGUGGGGACCAGAAUGUUUCCACGAGCUGGAGCAGUGGGCUACCAGGCUUUCUUCCGGCACCAGGGAGCCGUUGGGGGUUCAGGACCUUGCUCCAGCCCUCCUCUAUAACCACAGGGUCCACACUGCCCCCUGUUUUUGUCUUAUGCAGUAGGUUUCUCAUUCAUCCUCUUUGUCUCCUUUCUUUCUUUUGUUUUGUGGUGAUGGGGUAGCAGAGCAGCAAUGGACUCUACUGUCGAAUGAGGGGAAAUGUUCUGCUUGUUCACUUCUUUCUAAUUUAGCUGCUGUAAACUGCAGAGCAUCUGGCUCUCACUGAGCCUUGAAAAUAAAGAUUUUUUAUUUAGUUUUA